AACCGCGCGAACGGGUCUGUACGGUUAGUCCAUUUUGGUACGUUCGACCGGUCAGUUCGGAAUAGUGGUUCGCAAGUGCCGUCGUGAUCGCUCGAUGGUUGUGUAGCACCUUUUCACAGAGUGCAGUUUCUGUUUCUUGUUGUUUUUUUUUCUGUGUGUGCCUACAGAAUUGUGGUAACGAGAAAAGAGACCGAGUGAUUUUUUUUCUAUUCUAUUGAACAGUAGUUACAGUGGUACAGCCAGUCGGUGGGUGAAAUCUAGAACGGGACCGUUUUGUACUGAGGUGUGAGUUCUGCUGCUCUAGCAAACCCAGCAGACCGGCCGAAGCGGCAUGUGUGGUGCGGUGAAUCGUUCUGUGUUGGGCUUUUCAGUUCGCAAAAUUGCAACAAAGCAGUUGAAGCCUUGAAGUUUGAGGGCUUAUUAGGAGUAUACACAUAUCUCCAGAAAAGAUAGCCUCGCGAUCGAUCGUUUCAUUGUGCAGCAAUUGCAGAACUGGCUGGUUGUGUGUUGUUUUACCAGCAGAUAGAUCGCUGUGGAUGUUUGGCUUCGGAUUAGUGCACCUUUUCAGCAGUGGAGUAGUGGACUUUUUUCUGUACGGUAAGCACUGGAAACUGGCUCGUGCGCAAGCGAAUAGUAUUGGUUUAGAAGAAGUGCUGCGGGAGAGAGGGGGCGCGUGGCUGGGGUAGAAAAAAGAGCAUUGAAGUUAUCGAGGGUACGUACGAUGUGUAGUGAUCUAUAGGAUUGAAAUACUAGUUUGUGGUCGAGUGUUGCCUUUUUCGGAAGAGAGCAGCCGCUGCAGUAGAAACAAAACAACAACAACAACCACAACUAGGUUUGGUGUGUAUUUAUGUGUUAAGCCAAGAUCGGUUACUAAAGAAUAUUGUGAUACGGGAUGAAUAGGCUAUAACUACACAUACGCCAAAAGGAAAGAAAUUAUCUUAACAACAAGGAUAGUGACCCUGAAUAAAACAUUAAACAAAUUAAAAGAUUUUAGUAAAUAAAUAUUUGACAGAACUUUAUUACCAAAAUAAAAAAAAAAUAGAAGAAUAUUAUAGAUCCUGGAACAUAUGUGUUCCCGCUGGUGAAUUAUUGUGCUAGAUUUGAAGAGAAAUAGUGAAGCAGUGUAAGAAAGUGUCAAAAGGACUUGGCUUGAGACAAAAAAUACCAAAGUUGCUAGUGAAUUACUGUGAAGGUGUUGCUUAAGUAUAGUUAGUUUGGCGGUACAGGCAAAUAAUUUGCUACUGGUGAUAUUUUGAUGCCCAUAAAUUGCUACUGAGGAGGAAACUGCAUUCUUCGUAGUGAGAGCGUCAGCAACGUUAAGACAACGAUCGAUGCCCGCUUGCAUGACGGCAGACGCGAAGAAAAACGUCAGUCUAUAUGUAAAGCAGUAGUAUCAUCAUGCCGGAUUGUUUCUGCGGGCAAGUUAGUUAGCUAAAAUAAUACAAUAAACUGUACCUGCCUCUUGCCUCGGUGAAAAACUGUGCUGGGAAAUUAACGGAUUUCGCCCGGCUUUGGCGUAAUAUUCGCAACGGACAAACUAAGAGAACAAUUCAUCGGGAAAAGCGGUAAAUAUCAUUUUUUGAAACCUCCCGCUCAGAUGGAUGAAACAAGUGACCAGCAUCAGCGAAUAUGUACGGUGCAAUAAUUUCGACACUCUACAACAGUCUGCGAGCCGCCACUGAAGACCAGCUCAGCCAAUAAAAAUUCAAAUUAAAGGCACUUAUCCGGAAUUGGCGACAGAAAGGUCGGCUGCCUCUAGUGCAGCGAACAAUCCAUCAGCAAUGCCAACGACCACGGUGAAAAAGGAUACAAAUGAACAGCACAGUGACGGCGAUAAUGAAGAGGAAGAACCUAAGGACAUGAAAAAUGCGCAUCUCAUUAUCAACGAGCUUAGAUCCCGCUGCCGGAACCAGUCGGAGCAGAUAAUGGCGUGGAAGAAGGCUUACGCACUCCAGCAAGAGCAAAACCACCGGCUGCAGAAGGAGAAAGCCGAACAGCUCAACUACUUGACCAGCCAGCUGCUGCUGCUGGAGUCUCGGAUAAUGCGCAAACAGAAGCAGGUCUCCAAUGUGUUGUACCAGCGGGAACUGACCAUCUUCCGGCAGCAGAAGAUCAUCGAGACGUUAUCUAGUCGCCUGAUCGAUCACGGCAUCAUCGAUGUCGUGCUGGAUCCGGCCGUCGGCCUAAGCACCAACAACAACAGCAACAACAAUAGUAACGAUUUUGAUUCGCUCAACGAUUCCGAUUCGGCGGUGGUUCUGGAGGACGCCGAUUCAGACUGUAACAGUUCUAUAUACUUUGGUGGUAGCGGUAGCCUGAAGUCUCGUUGCGGUGGCAACAAGUUAAACAACGACGUGACCAUCGUGAGAUCAAUUUCCGAUGCGAUUGAAACGACGAAUUUAAAGUAUAACAACACGAGGCGAUCGAACUGUUUCCUGCGGCGUCCGGAAGUACUGGAGACGGUGUACAGUGUGGAAGAGGAUCCUGAGCCACAGAAUGCUGGCGGAGGAGUCAGUCCUAAAUCCGACGCAGUCACGGAAAAACGUGAUAAGUUUAAAAAUCGAACUGAGAAAUGCAUUUCGUCUGAUCAGUCGGACGAUUUCAAGGAAAAUCAAAGUACAACCUCUACCAAGAUCACCAGUACGACGAUGACCACCGUGAUUAUCACCAAGACCAGCUGUGACGGGGAUUCGGGAGGAUGCGAAACUCCGCCAGGAACAUUGCAGGGUUGCAAGGCCGGAGCGGUAACAAACUAUAACCGGGUUAUGUCAAACCACCGGUCGGUGACCAAGCCGAAAGAUGUGAAGUAUAAACGUAUCAACAAGGCCAAAUCGAAAAGUCUGGAGGAGCUACGGGGACGGCUGAGGCACUGGGUUGAACGGGGCAGCUGCAAUAUGAACAUGAACCUGGACGGGAGCCUGGCUCAUCUGGAUCCGUGCCAGCUGCAGCUACAGCAAUCGCAGCAAAAUCUAGCGCAAAGUUAUGCGUGACCUGAGCCAAAGCCCCACGUGCGGGGAAGCAUUUAAUGGUUAUUAUUUAUUACUGGAUAGCAGGCGGCAUGUCCAUAUGCCGAUUUUUUUUGUUUUAUUCUAGCGCGUCGAAGAUACGACCGCAUUGGGAUGAAAUUUGACUUGUAACAGAAAGAUUAUCAAGAAAUUGUGAAAAGAAACAGAUGAAACAGCUAAUUAAGAUUAGUAUCGAGUCCUAAACGUUUGUGGCAAUUGUAAAUAGAGAAGUGACUUUUAAAUUUAUUUAUUUCACUAUGAAAUGCCCAUGGUGAACACUGAAAUUAAUCAAAGACAAAACACUCAUUAUUUUCAAUCGUAUGUAAUAAAUAUCAAAAAUUCUGACUGAGUCAGGUUACCUACAGACAUGAAAUAAUUGAGCCUAUUGAUCACAUACCAUUGUGCUUAGAAAUGACAGCACUGGAAAAUACAUUCGAUAGAUUUGUGGAAAAAAAAAUCAAGCCUAUUGUAGCUUUUGUACUAUGCACGGAAUUCAACGUAUACAUACAAUAUACCACGUAAACAAUGAUGACUGCUUUUUAGGACGCAGCUCAAGUGAUCUUUCUAUCCAAAGUGUGUUUCAAAGAGAGAGAAAAAAGUAAUGGCAAAACUAACCUAACAAUCCUUAUUGGAGUGAAAUUGUGAACUCACACAACUUUUAAAUCGUUCGAUUUAAGUCAACCGCAAAGCUGAAGAUUGAAGGCGAGCGACAGCAGCUCAACUCUGUACAUACAUUCAAUUCGGAACAGAAUUUGAAAAACAUAAGUCCGCGAUCCUCACACAAGGGAGGAAAAUAUUAUGAAUUUAAACUAAUUACUUAACAUGUAAGAGGCAGAUAAUCGAGCAAAAGUUCUUUUGCUAAUUAGCUAAAACCAAAAGCAGCAAAACAACCAUCCUGUGUAUAACAAGUUUUGAAUGCUUAUUACUCUAAUAAAGAAAUGGAAAUCUUCUGUACUGUAUACAGAUUCGCAUACAUACAAUAA